CGAGCUGCGACUGCUGCGGGGCAUGUCGCACCCCCACAUUGUCACCUACUUGGGACACGAAGUCCCCGGCCACACGCAUCCAACGAGCGGGACGAGCAAGCAGGUGAACAAGGACACGAUGAGCAGUAAAAGUUCGCCCAGAGUAGUCGCGAAUGACGAGAACAAGUCUGAAGGUGAGGAAGCCGGGCCCCCCGGGGCAGAUCUUCUUGAUCCGUGCCUGCAGGAGAAUACUGCAAGCGCAGACAGAGACAAAGACCAGGUGGAUCAGCAGAACAGGAAUAGUGGUAGCUGGACAAAUAGUUCACGCAGCGGCAACACGGGUCGAGAAGUGCGCGACGACCUUUCUCGAUCGGACCACCAAGGAAAAAAUGGUCGAGAUGCAGAGCAGCAACAGCAAGACACGACCGUCGAGCAGCAGCCGCACAUCAAGAUCGAGCGGCUGUACAUCUACCUGGAGUACCUGAGUGGAGGAAGCAUCAAGCAGCAGUUGCUAGACUUCGGCGCUUUUGAUGAUUUGCUCACGCAGAAGUACUGUCGCCAACUGCUUUCGGGGGUGGCGUACCUGCACGCCCAGACGGUGAUCCACCGCGAUUUGAAAACCGCAAAUUUGCUGCUUGCGCAGGACGGCACGCUGAAAAUCGCGGACUUCGGCUGCAGCAAGCAGUUAGGGAGCUUGUUUCUGGAAAAGAGCUCGCUGAUCGUGGGCACGCUGCCCUACAUGGCGCCGGACGUGCUUGCGGGCGAGCAACCGUCGUCCGCGAUCGAUAUCUGGAGCGUGGGCUGCUGCAUCCUGGAAAUGGCCACCGGGAAACCCCCCUGGCACCAGUACAAGUUUGACAACCUGCUGCACGCGUUCUACGUCAUCUCUCAAGCGGGCGGCAUGCCCGAAAUUCCGCAGGUCGCCGACAAGAGGGAGUCGCUUGCGUUCGUGCGUGCCUGUUUGGUUCGGGAGGCCGCCGCGAGGCCCAGUGCCGUCGCUUUGCUGCAGCAUGCCUUCGUCGCCGUUUGAUGUUCAUCUGUCCGAAUUCGUAGCGAGGUUCGCUAUUAGUGCCGAUGCGUUUGACUUCUCUGUUUCAGUUUCUAAAUUCUAUUUCAAAUUUGCAUGUUGAAGAUGCUACUCCAGAUCAACGUCAGCACGCAAUGUACGAUUUGUUCCGCAGCUGCGGUAUUUUUUUAUCAUUUCAUUCGUUAUGGUGAUGCUCGAUCUCGCCAUAUACGUGUUUCCAGAAAAUUAGUGAUUAUUGUUGAGCUUCAGCCGCCCUGAUAUCGUUUCAAACACGGUUUCGCACUCCACCAGUGCAGAUUCUUUUUGAUGCUGCAAUCAGUCUACUAGGCACGGCCUUAUGCUAAAACAUAAAUUCUGCAAUCAAUCGAUGGAUCAAUUGAGCACUACAAAUCAAUGGCGAAUAUGAAUGUGUUGUAGUUGUAGAGAUGUUGGCGCAUGUUGAUCAUGAUUUUGCGAGAAGUUGCCUGUGGUCAUUUCAAUUAUCUGUACCUGUACUAGUAGUUUCACUUUGAUAUACGUUUUUUUCUUUCAUGACUUAGUUUGGACCCUUUCCUUGGCGAGCACCUAACCGUGAGCUGCUCCGUCCACGACACUGAUACAUGCAUAAGUAAUUGUCACAGUGAGUAGAAAUAGCGAAUAACGCCGACCGAGCUGAGCCUGAAUGUGAAUUACCAUGAAAUCAUUUUCGAAUCGCGUGGAAAC